AUGCUUCGCGAACCGUUGUUACCUUCAACAGGCGGUCAGGAAUCUAACACGCGUGCCACGUCAGACUCCGCAGUAUCUCAUGAGUAUCGCGCGCGCGUGAACCUGACAAUACCCCGUGGCGCAGCCACCGCAAGCGGACCCCCGCCAAACAGACGCGCGAGCGUCGACUCAGCGAAUGUGACAAUAUCGGAGGGAAGCGACCUCUGCGCGGAAGCCGAUUCGCGGAAGAGGCGAAUUAGCUUUGGGAACGAACGGGGGGAAGCGGGAGGCUCGGGGAGGAGGGGGAGAUGGGGAAGCGGAGGGCCGGGUGGAGGGGAGGGCGUGCGGAGUCCGCGCAGCCCGGGGCUGUCGAAGCAGGAGGUCCUGGGGGCAUUUGAUGCGGCAGAGGCGGAAGGGGAGGCGGAGGCGGACUUGGGCGCGCACCUACAGACGGACUUCCAAACCGUUCUCAACACGAUAAAUCUUUUCGUUGGGGCAGGUCUGCUCUCUAUGGGCUAUGCAGUCAUGCUGGGCGGCUGGAUGAGCCUUCUCUUUCCCCUAUCAACACAACUGCUCCUCGCCACCCUCUUCUGCACCACCCUCUUCUGCACCACCCUCUUCUGCACCACGGCUCGCCUGCUCUGUCCAGCUUCUAGUCACUUCACAUGCCCUCUCCUCUUACCCGCCUUCCUCCUUCUCCCCCCUCUUUUCCGCCCUCCCAUUGCACCACAGCUGGUGCUCGCCCUCUGCACCACCCUAUUCUGCACCACGGCUCGCCUGCUCUGCCGUGCGUUCGACGCCCUCCCGCCCUCCACCCUGCAAUCCUACCCUGCCCUCGCCCGCUUCGCCUUCGGCCUGCCGGGCGAAUGGGCUGUGAGUGUCACGUCCGUUGCACUCGACUUUGGUUUCUGCGUUGUGCAUUCUCCUGCUCCCUGCAUUCUCCUGCUCCCUGCAUUCUCCUGCUCCCUGCAUUCUCCUGCUCCCUGCAUUCUCCUGCUCCCUGCAUUCUCCUGCUCCCUGCAUUCUCCUGCUCCCUGCAUUCUCCUGCUCCCUGCAUUCUCCUGCUCCCUGCAUUCUCCUGCUCCCUGCAUUCUCCUGCUCCCUGCAUUCUCCUGCUCCCUGCAUUCUCCUGCUCCCUGCAUUCUCCUGCUCCCUGCAUUCUCCUGCUCCCUGCAUUCGACUCCCUCCCACCCCGCCCUCCCGCCCUCCACCCUGCCCUCCCACCCCGCCCUCCCGCCCUCCACCCUGCCCUCCUACCCCGCCCUUGCACGGUUUGCCUUCGGUCCCCCGGGAGAAUGGGCGGUCAUGGUGGCAGUGCUCUUUGAGUUCUGGGGAGCGCUCGCUCAGCAUGUGAUGGUGGCGGUGCUAUUCGAGUUCUGGGGGGCGCUCGGCAUGGUCUCAUCUUCCCCUUCCUCCCCUAACAAAAUGGUGAUGGUGGCAGUGCUAUUCGAGUUCUGGGGAGCGCUCGGCAUGUGUCUCAUCAUAGUGUGGCAGUCCGCUCUCAUCUUCCUGCCGCCCCUCCCCACGCUCUGCCUCCCCUCCUUCGCCACCUCCGCUGCCGAUGCCUCUGCACCCUCUGCUGCUGCGCUCUGCCUCUUGCCGAGGCACCUCGUGAUAGCGGCCAGCCUAGCGCUAGUCAUCCCCACCGUGCUAGUGCGCUCCUUUGCUCGCCUCACCAACGUAGCCCUCUCCGGUGUCGCCAGCAGCACUCUGCUCUGUUCUGGUAACUCCUACCUCUCUUUGGUUCCUGCACACUUCUCUUCUCUGGUAUCUCCUACCCCUCUUCGAUUGCUAGUGCUCAUCAUCCCCACAGUGCUAGCGCGCUCCAUUGCUCGCCUCACCAAAUCUGCCCUCUCUGGUGCCGCCAGCAGCGCACUGCUGGCCUGCAUUUUGAGUUCAUCCAAAAGCCCCUCUGUGACCAGCUUCAAGUGCCCUCCCUCCCUCGCCCGCAUCAGCCUAAGUGACCCUUCCUCUGCUGCUCUCCCAGAACCCCGCGCUCACCACCAUUCCACCGUCUCCUGGUCCCACCUGCCCAUGGCAGCCGGCAUCUUCAUGGUUUCGCUCUCAGGCCAUGCGGGUCUGCCAUCCCUCCGGCGCAGCAUGCGGACACCACAGCACUUUGACCAGUGCAUCAUCGUCACAUUCUCCUCCAUGUUCCUCCUCUAUGCCACCAUGGGUGGCUUCGCCUACCUUUAUUUCGGGGACUCCGUGUGCGUGCUGGUAACAGCCAGCCUCUAUGCCACAAUGGGUGGAUUCGCCUACCUUUACUUUGGAGACUCCGUGCGUGUGCUGGUAACCGCCAGCCUGGGCGACGCUGGAGCUGUUGCCUGGUCGCACCUCGUUCUGCCAGAAUUUCCACUUGCUUCAUUCUUUCCCCUUUCGCAAUCCUCUUUCACUCGUUCCACCAGCUAUGCCACCAUGGGUGGAUUCGCCUACCUUUACUUUGGGGACUCCGUGCGCGUGCUGGUAACCGCCAGCCUGGACGACGCUGGAGCUGCUGCCGGCAUCAUUCUGCUCCAAUGGGGUUCCGUUUCCGUCUCCCUCUCCGCCCUCCUCUCUCUCCUCGUCGCUGCCAGUGUGUUUACAACCAUACCGGCUCUGGUGUAUGUGAUGUCAGAGCUGAUUCUCGACCUCUCUGCCCGCCUCGGCCUGCCUGUCUCCUCACACAAGCCCACACCAAGUGCUGCGGAUCCUGUUGCUGAUGGUGCGGAGAGUGUCUGCCCUGCUGAUGGUGGAUUACCACCGCCCCAAUGCAGCGCACAGCCAGUGCCACACCGCCACUCCGCGAUAGCUGAGGGCAUCACUCGCGUUGCUGUCACCUUCGUCGGCUACCUCACAGCAUACCUCACGUAUGAUGUGCUGGACAGAGUGGAGUCAGUGGUGGGAGGAGUCUGUUCUGUGGGAGUGUCUAUGGUGCUACCAGCUGUGAUUUUUGACCGCCUUUACUCCCACCAGCUCUCGGUUAUCCAGCUGACCCUGUUGAGAGGGCUGAUUGCGUUUGGGGUGAUUGCAGCAUGUGGGAUUGCAUUUAUCAACAUUUUCAAGUAA